AUGCACGACCACUCGCCACCCUCCUCAGCGCACGUGCCUUCCCAUUCGUCUCGCUUAUCUAUUUCCCACUUGUCCCACCCACAAUCCUAUCCAGUACACUACAGCACGCCCUCACCAGAUUCUUCCCACUCUGUUUCAGUCUCCCCACAUUCCCAAGCGUCUGAACCCUCCCCACCAAACUACUCGGCAUACCGCAACGAGGGCAACCAUGACACUACGACGUCUUAUUCUUCCUUGGAUGGUAUGUCGAACGGGUACAUACCCGGUUCUUCUACUCAUAUCGGCCUGCCACCAUCGUAUCAUGCUACCCAUCAUCCCAUGGGAAUCCCCCAACAAAAUCUCCCUAGAUACGAUUCUCCGCCUCCCAUUCUGGCGCCCAUCCAGGAUGAGCGUGUCGUAAGGGGUGACAUGGGACGUUUGGCGCAGCACAUUCAGGUUCCCAGUUUGUCUACUUCGGCGACUUUGGGAGCGUCAGCGUAUACGAUGUCUCAUCAUCCACAUGCCCACUCGUCUAUCGGUGGGUAUUCGUACCACGCAUCCCCACUGUCUAUGGGGCAGGGAUGGAAGUCCGAGCUGCUCAGGGGGCGGUCGUAG